AUGGUAGAGAGUUACUUUAGACUUGAAUCUGAAAUCUCAGAAGAUUUUGGCCGCUGGAUCAGCGUGGGCAACUGCCUGCACAAGACCACCGUGCUGGCAGACACCGCCUGCCUCUUCACCCCACUGGCGCUGCCCCUGGACUACUCCCACUAUAUCUCCCUGCCCGCGAGCGUGCUGAGCCUGGCCUGCUGCACCCUCUACGGCAUCUCCUGGCAAUUCGACCCCUGCUGCAAGUACCUGGUGGAGUACGACGCCUACAGACUGUCCCGGCUACCCCAGCACACACUCACCUCCUCCACCCUGGUGGUGCUGGUCCUGAAGGACGACUUGCACAGAAAGAGACUGCACAACACGCUAGCACUGGUGGCUCUGGUGUACUACAUAAAGAAGAUUUACGAGCUCUGCGCUGUAUGA